UUCCUUUAGUAGAAUUUUGACAAUUUCGAGAUAAACCAAAGUUGAAUCUCACAUUAUUGUCAUUCAUUUAAUCUCACGUCGACUGUUGGGUUUUAAUUGAGAUAUUAAUGUUAUCAAAAUUUAUUUUUUACAAAACAAAAAUGUCCUGAAGAAACCAAUAAAUAAUCAAAAAUGCGUCAUUUCUAUAUUUAGAAUGACUUUCAGCACAGUUGGUCUCCCACCAUACUUUAUUAGGCUAUGAAUUUAUAUUUAUCUGUAACUAUUGAUCCGUAUCAGUUGCCAUAUAAGGUAUUUCUGUUCAUAGAUUUUAUAAAUGAACGUAGUUUGUCUGCAGAUUUAGAAAGAAGAUUUACUUUAUAUGGACAUGGUGCUGCAGUGACACCAUAUUACUAAUAAUAGUGAGGAUGAAAUCGACAUUCAUUGGAUGUUGCUAAGAUCAGGUUAAUAUUUUGAUAAUUUCAUGAAGUAUUUACUUGAAGAAAUCAACAUGUUGCCAUUAUCUUCAACAAAGUUAGAAUGGUUAACUACUCAACAGUAUAUUAACAGUUUUUUUGGUAUAAAUGAGAGUACCAAACAUUAGACAGAAAAUGGAAUGGGAAUCGGGAGAACCAAUAUUAUCUGACAGUUCUUUUGUCGAGAUACCAGAAGAAAGUGAGGUGAUAUUUCAGGGGAUUAGAUAUAAUGAUGUUGCUAUGGUUACCAGACAGAUUAAUCAAGGUGUUGAUGUCAAUGUUAAACAUACUGGCGAACCAUGUUAUUUAAAGCUACCAUAUCUAUAUAGACAGAUUAGAUUAUCCAGUUAUACACCUCUACAUAUAGCAGUUUUAUAUUCUGAUGUUAAGUUGAUUGACUAUUUGUUAAGUAAUGGCAGUAAUAUUAAUAUUGGAGAUGGUACCAAUAGAACACCUCUCUAUCUAGCUACUGCUGUUGGACGACUAGAUGUUAUAGACUUUCUACUCACAAAGGGAGCAGACCCAGAUAUCCAGUCAUCUAGUAAACGCACUGCUAUAAUGGAAGCUAUAUGUAGACAAGAUUUGCCAGGUGUACAGAGGCUUAUAGCAUCUGGCUGUAAUUUGGAUUUAGUAGAUAUUAAAGGUAGCAGUGUUUUGUAUUUUGCUAUAACUGCCAGGGGAGCUAACUUACAUAUUAUAUCUGCUCUUUUAGAUGCUGGUGCUGAUGUCAAUAAAACAAAUGGUAAAGGAGCACCUGUUUUAAUGGUGGCUGUGGCUUUAAAACAAGCAGAAAUAGUUCAACUGUUAUAUAAUGCUGGUGCUGAUAUAAAUAUGAAAGACAGCUCUGGACGUACAGCUUUUCAUUAUACUGCUGAAGACAAUGGUUCCAGACGAUCAACCAAAAUCAUGAAUUUUUUAUUAAGUCAUGGUGCCGACCCAGACUCCCCAGAUAAAAAAGGAAUGACACCUUUACACAAAGCUGUGAAAUUUGGAAAUCUACGACUUGUUGAGCGUUUAUUAAAGGCAGACUGUGACCGAACUUAUGAUAUUUUAACAGCCCCGAGAAUUGUGUAUCUGUGUGGAGUUCUACCCAAAUUUAAGACGUGGCUACAUAAUGAGUUAUAUACCCCACGUGAUUUGAUGAGAUUAAGUCGAAGUAUCAUCAGAAAAUCAUUAGUUAAUGCCGACAGUUUGGCGAAAGUUAAUAAUUUGGAUAUUCCAAAAACACUUCAAGAUUUUCUUUUAUCCAAAUAUUACGAUGAGAUAGAACUGUGAUACUGUUGUAGGUCUACAAUUUGAUGCAAGCUGUGUAGACUAGAAUAUGGUUAUCUGUAAGACAAUUUGUAUUGCCACUAAUACUAUUAAGUCACCCUACAUUUUCAAGAUGUUUGAGAUAAUUAUUAUAAGAAGGUUUCGAUAUGCCACUUUAUUAUAUAGUGAUAAAUAAUAUAUUCCUGUAUAAUUUGUUAUGUGGCCCGAGUCACAGUGGCUCAGAGAGUUAUGCACUGACUCACUUAUCUGAAGCUCAGGGAUUGAAAUCCCGAUGUUGGCAGUGAAAAUACCCCAGGGGUUUUCCGGUGUUGUAUCCCCUUUGUCAUUGGUGCAGGGCAAAGGGCCUGGCAAGGAACAGUGUCUAAUAGUUCCUGUAUAAACAUUGGCCUGCACCUAAAAGACCCCUUGAUUGUUGGAAUUCGAAGUAAGUGUAAGCCGUAGCAAAAAUUGACCUCAUAGCACUAAUCCCCUGCUUUAGUUUAAAACAAUAUAAAACACAUACAGAAAGUUCAAAAAGCCAAGAGUGGGAUAUAACGAAUUCUGUGAAUGAAUGUCAACUUGGGUGUGGGUAUUUAAAGAACUAUUUUUUUAACCUCAAUAUCAGGUGACCAUAUAGAAAUAAUAGUUUUAUGUAUUUAUACAAUUUUUGCUCAGUACUUUUACUAAUACAAUUUGUAAAAUACAUCAAUUAAAGAUUUGUUAACAAAA